GCAGGAUAGUUUGAACAGUGGAGACAUUCAGAAGCAGUGGCCAUUGCUGAGUGGAAUACGUUGGUGGCCAUUGCAUCUCUGCAGCAGUGACACAGAGGGGACCAAUGACAAUCACUGCACAACAAAAGGAAAGAAGGCAGAGGUCACUGGGAAACAUGCUUCACAAGGUCAGAAAAGACUGAUGUUUAGUUCACUGCCCUCGGAGAAACCCAGUGAAGCAACAGUGAUGUGGUUUGGAGAGCAGCAGCAGCAGUGGUGAAGCCUUCAGUGAAAACUGUAAAACUGAGAACUGCAGAUAAAACUACAGCGCACCGAAACUACAAGAUACAGUAAACACAGAGUCAGCACAAGUGUCUGCUGGAUUGAAGAAUUUCAUGGUUGGAAUUCACAGUGUGCAUAUUUUCAGUCUGAGGAAUGUUGGAAGCCAGCUGUCGUUUCAUUCAUGUUUCUCACUACAACACUGAACACACAUAGUCUGCAGCUCUGACAUACUGCAGGCUCUGGAUUUAUCUUCUUCAUCUUCAUCUGAACAAAUGGAUCCGAUCUGCAACCUUUGAAGAACAGUUUGAAUAGAUUGAUCGAUUCCAACCUGACUUUUAGAUGAUAUAAAAUGCAGAGUUAUUCCAGUCUGCAGCAGUGGUAAUUACAGUUACUGGUGUGUUAAAUACAUUCUCAUUGGGAUUACAGCCUCAUCACAUGAACGAGUGCAUGCUGUUUAGUCUGAGGUGGAUUAUCUACACAAACACACUGCUGCAUUCAGAGCCAGCAGCAGGGGAUUUUCAUAUUUAACUUAACACCCAGUCAAGAGUCUCAGUUCUGGGUCCAGAUGUUCCUCAACACGCUGCUGGUGGUCCUGACGGACCUGGCGGCCCGGCUCCUUGGUAACACUGUUUUCCGGCAGCACUUCCACCUGCUGCUAUCUGCAGUGGUGAUGUUCAGUCCUGCACUCAGCUUCUGGGUCUCCCAGCACAGCAUCUUCGCCAAGAGAAGCCACUUUCUCUACAGGAUCUUCCUGCGCUCCGGCUGGGGCUGGACCUGCGUCUUUGUCGGUUCCUUCGUCUUCCUCCUCUCCUUCUCCAUCCGUCGUUCCCUCGCUCUCUCCAUCCGUCACCUCUCCAGGCUCGGGGUGGCUGGUGCACUGUGGUUUAUUUUCUGCAAGCUCCUGGACCAGCUGGAGAACGCCACAGGAAGCUGCUAUGAAUCUUUGAUCACCGACGCAGGAGAUACCAACGGCCAGCCUCUGCUGGUGCUACGAGAAGGGGAGAGCAAGUCUGAAUGCCUCAAAGCUGGGAUGUUGUGGAGAGGAUAUGAAGUUUCAGAGGACGUCUUCCUUCUCUGUCUUUGCUGCCUGCUGUUGGCAGAGGAGAUGGCCGUGUUUGGUCCUUAUCUAAGUCUGGGCGGGAUCUCGGACGCUCCUCUGAGGAUCCUCUUCCUGUUCUGUGUUCUCCUGCUCGGCCUCUGGAUCUUUCUUCUCUUCUGUCUCUUAGCUUACUUCCCUCAGUUCCCCACCCAGCUGCUGGGGGGCGCUCUAGGCUGUCUGAGCUGGAGGGGACUGUACCAGGGUUGGUACCGCCUGGGGCCCAGCUGGUACUGUCCCGGGAGGCCUGGAGUGGGACUGCUCAAGACCAAGACCGGCAGUGCUGAAGCUGAAGAUGCACAACUGAACCACGAUCACUACAAUUAACCGGAGAAACGAAGAGCUUUAAACGGCUCUCAACACUGCCACAAAGGUGAAUUCAAUCAUUAGAUCACGGCGGCUGUUUGGAGACGACUGAAGGUUCUCCCAGAAACACAAAAACCCUGUCCAAUCGUGUUUGUCGUCCUCAGUGAGAUCAGCAAUCCUGCCAUUUAGAUGCAGGUUGGAGAUGUUUGAGAAUCCCUGAACCCACAGCUCAGGUUCUGUUUGCAAUGCAGAGAAAAAAAAAAAAAACUAGUAUCUGAAAUCAAAUGAUGGAAAUGUGAUUUUCUAGUGAACAUUAAAAUCUCUGCAACACUUGAAUAAAUUCAGAAUGUGUGUCAUAAAAUACUCAAAUUCUCUAAAGCCCAUGGCUGACAGAUACUAUCAAACAUCCAUGUUUCUCUAUGUGUCUUUUGCAUAAAGAUCAGUGUCUGACAGCAUCUUAACAGACAUGUCCCACCUUGAAAAGACCCCCAGCCUCAGGAGGGGGCCUAUUCACUGUAGGUUUCUGUGCCUUUUCAUUUAUUUAGUCCAUUUGUCUUCACCCUUAUCCCCUGGGACCUCACGUUCCUCUGCUUAGUCUCAGGCAGCCAAAUGAGCCGACGUGGGCUUGUUGGGUAGUUGUUAGCUGUUGAGGGGAAGACAGGGUAAGAAGGAGGGUAGUUGUGUAUUGAAUGUAGGUGUGAAUUCAUUAGUGUGUAUGAUUGAAUUUAUGUGUCCGUCCACAAUAAAGCAGUUGCUGAGCCACAGUUUUA